AUGCCCCGAUGGGGAAGACCACCGGGGGCACGAAUGGGGAGACACAAUGGGGGACGAGCGCAGUGGGAUGAGGAUAACCGAGUGAAGGAGAUUAUAAGUGAGGACGACGAUGUGUUUGGACGGGAACUGGUGCGAAAUGGUCGCUACCCGUGGCAGCAGGAAUAUGGAGGCCGGGUGACGCGCAGGCGGUUGGAGUAUGAGGACCUGACUGAUGAGACGGAAUCGGUGCUAGAUGGAGGGGACUAUGAUCUGUAUGAACAUGGGGACAGUACAGUGGCCUAUGCAGUUCAGCUGGCCAUGCGAGACAAGGAGGAUCAACUGGUGGACACGGCGCUGGAGCGGAUUCGCCGUGCCCAAAUGCUAGGCAAGAAAAACGUCCGGCUUUCGAAACGGGAGCUGGCCGCAUUGGAGCGCAAGCGUCAACAGACAGACAACACGAGCGCAGGCGCAAGUGGUACUAGAACGGCGCGCAGUCGACAAGGGAGUGUGAGCAACUCACGGCCAUCGUCCCGACGAAACGGUCACGCUGUACCCCCGGACCAACAAGCAGGGGCAUAUCCACCCUUCGCGCCUGAUGCGGGAUGGAAUCGAAAUGCCGGCCCCCAUGGUCGACCAACAAGUUCAUCAUCGACUAAUCGUCCGCGCACCCCGACGAUGCAAUCCUUGCGCCCGCAGCAGUCUAACUCCCCGCUCCGACCGCCCUACUCUCCGUUCACCGAACGUGUACCUCCCAAUAAUCGUCCUCAGUCGAUGCAUCCCUCGGCCAUGUACGCCCGACCUUUGCCAGACGACCCUAACUGGGCGCCACCGUAUUACAAUCCUAUGCAAAUGAGUCCGUAUGCGGUGGAGCAGCCUCCCUUUCAACCUCAGCUUCCUACCGACCUUCGCGUGGGGCCUCAGAGUCGUAUGAGCUAUGCGGCGGGAAUGUCCCCGAUUCAAGCCCAACACCGACAAUCAGUCGACGGGCGCCAGUCAGGUACAUCGCAGCCACAACAUACCCCUCCGCCGGAGAGUGAUGAGGAAGAAUCCAGCGAAGAAGAGACAGGGAGUGAUGAAGAUUCAGAUGUCCAGAUCGUUAAAGUGGUGGAGCGUCCGCCUGGUUUUAAAAGGCGGCCUGUUGCUGGAGGUCGUCGAACCAGUUAA